AUGGCUUCUUCUCUUAAUACUCGAAUCGAAGAGCUCGUGUCUUAUUUCGAAGCCCGCCACAGUCCGGCCCGUUUGUCUAAUUCAAAGUUCCACGGCCAGCUUCUCCACAACAAGAUUGCACUGGCUGAUUUCACCAAAUGGAAGAAGCUUCACCCUACUAUAAUGCCCACUCCGUUACUAAUACCAAUUAUCCCAAUAACUCCAACUAUUGAUUGCAGCCGGAAUGUGGCGUUAACUCAAGUUCCGCCUGUCGCCCCCAGAACUGCCCUUAGUACUCUUUUAAAGCAAGUCGCGCCAUAUCGAAGCAGCACGCCCGAGUUAGACGAACCCUUUGAUUUCCCCACGCCCACGCCAACAUUAAUGAGAGACACCUCCCUGCCCUUAGUCGACAUUAGCCCGAAUAAGUACUCUAAUAUAACUGCAGCCCUUGCUAGUUCCUGGUUUGCACAACGGCCUGUGGCGAAGUUCUUGCAAUGGCUCAAUAGACAACUAGACAAAUUGGGUAUUAAUAAGGACUUGGUAAAUGCUUGCAUAGCGUUGGCAUACGAUAAUAUUAACGGGUACGGCAAAUGCCUCUAG